CAAAUAUUUCUUUUAUUAGUCCUUUGGCAACAGUAUAUUAUUUUUUGUGUGGAGCAACAGAAAACAAUGGGUUUCAGCGUAGCAAGUAUUAUAAGACGGGCAUCAUUCUCAACAAUCCAAGCAGCCUCCAAGGAGGUUGAAGUACCAAAAGGCUAUCUCGCAGUCUAUGUUGGAGAUAAAAUGAGGCGGUUUGUGAUUCCAGUAUCGUACUUGAACCAACCAUCAUUUCAAGAAUUACUAAGUCAAGCAGAAGAAAAAUUUGGAUACGAUCAUCCAACAGGUGGUCUCACAAUUCCGUUCCUUCGAUAUCUUUUCACGAAAACAAUGGGUUUCGGCAUACGAAGUAUUAUUAGACGGGCAUCAUUUUCUGCUGCCCAAGCAGCUCCCAAGGGACUUGAAGUCCCAAAAGGAUAUCUUGCAGUCUACGUUGGAGAAAAAAUGAGGCGGUUCGUGAUUCGAGUAUCAUACUUGAACCAACCUUCAUUUCAAGAAUUACUAAGUCAAGCAGAAGAAGAAUUUGGAUAUGAUCAUCCAAUGGGGGCUCUCACAAUUCCAUGCAAUGAGGAUGAGUUUCUAAACCUCACUUCUCGCUUGAAUGAGUUCUAA